CGCAGCAAGCCAAUCAGGUGUUUGACAGGUGUCACAGUGCAUCCUCAGUGCCCUUGCCGGAUUUCGCUAGGAUUUUCCCGGAUUGGGGAGCGCCGGCCGGAUGCCGAUGAGCCCGUGGUGAACUCCACCACCCCCGCACCACCAGGCUGAACAGCAGGUGCUGCUCCUUAGCGGUUCGCCAUGGUGAUCGUGACCAGGGGCGAUUACAUAUGGGUCGAGCCCGUUUCCAGUUAUGAAUUUGACGUCGCUAUCGGCGCCAAAGUUACAAACACAGAAGGAAGAAAAAUACAAAUAAAGGACGACGACGGCAAGGAACAAUGGCUGAGUCCGGAGAAGAUUCGCAUCAAAGCGAUGCACGCGACUUCUGUGCAGGGCGUGGAGGACAUGAUCUCGCUCGGCGACCUCCACGAAGCGGGCAUCCUCAGAAAUCUGCUCAUCCGCUACAACGACAACCUCAUCUACACGUACACGGGCUCGAUCUUGGUGGCUGUGAAUCCGUACCAAGUGCUGCCCAUUUACACGGCGCAGCAGAUCAAGCUGUACAAGGACAGGAAAAUUGGCGAGCUGCCGCCUCACAUUUUCGCCAUCGGUGACAACAGUUACACGCACAUGCGGCGCUUUGGCCAAGACCAGUGCAUUGUCAUCAGUGGAGAGAGCGGUGCAGGAAAGACAGAAAGCACAAAACUGAUUUUGCAGUAUUUAGCCGCCAUAAGUGGAAAGCAUUCUUGGAUCGAGCAACAGAUUCUUGAGGCAAAUCCAAUUUUAGAAGCUUUUGGAAAUGCGAAAACAAUCCGAAAUGACAAUUCCUCGCGUUUCGGAAAGUACGUCGAUAUCCAUUUUUCGCACAGCGGCGUCAUAGAGGGUGCCAAGAUUGAGCAAUACCUGCUGGAGAAGUCGCGCAUUGUUGCUCAAAGCACAGACGAGCGGAAUUAUCACGUUUUCUAUUGUAUGCUUGCCGGAUUAAGCUCGGAAGAUAAAAGGAAACUGGAGCUGGAAGAUGCCUCACACUACAAAUAUUUGACUGGGGGUGGAAGCAUUAUUUGCGAGGGGCGAGAUGACGCGGCCGAGUUUGCAGACAUUCGAUCUGCGAUGAAGGUCCUGUUGUUUUCGGACCAAGAAAUCUGGGACAUUUUGAAAUUGCUGGCCGCUUUGCUGCACACAGGAAACAUUCGCUACAAGGCGUCGGUCAUUGAUAAUUUGGACGCGACUGAAAUUCCGGAGCACUCGGACGUCCAGCGGGUGGCGAACAUUUUAGGCGUGGGGAAACAGCCGCUGAUAGACGCCCUGACCAGAAGGACGAUUUUCGCGUCGGGCGAGUCGGUCGUGUCCACCCUUUCAAGGGAGCAGGCGGUCGACGUCAGGGACGCCCUUUCCAAGGGCAUCUACGGCAGACUCUUUGUCUACAUUGUCAACAAGAUCAACAAGGCCAUCUACAAGCCCAAGUCGACGUCCUGCAACGCCAUCGGAGUGCUGGACAUUUUCGGUUUUGAGAAUUUUAAGACCAACAGUUUCGAGCAGUUCUGCAUCAAUUUCGCCAACGAGAAUCUCCAACAGUUCUUCGUGCAGCACAUUUUCAAACUGGAGCAGGAGGAGUACAAUCUGGAAGCCAUCAACUGGAGGCACAUUGAAUUUGUGGACAACCAAGAUGCGCUAGACCUGAUUGCGGUCAAACAACUCAACAUCAUGGCUCUGAUCGAUGAGGAAUCAAGAUUUCCGAAAGGCACAGAUCAGACCAUGCUGGCGAAACUACACAAGCAGCACGGGUCUCACAGGCACUACCUGAAGCCCAAGAGUGACAUCAACACCUCCUUUGGCCUAAGCCACUUUGCCGGAGUCGUCUUCUACGACACCAGAGGCUUUUUGGAGAAAAACAGGGACACCCUCAGCGCCGACCUGCUGCAGCUGAUCCACAUUUCGUCCAACCCCUUCCUCCAGCUGCUCUUUGCCGACGACAUUGGAAUGGGCGCCGAGACCAGAAAAAGGACCCCGACUUUGUCAACGCAGUUCAAAAAGAGCUUGGACUUGCUGAUGAAGACUCUGUCCAACUGCCAGCCCUUCUUCAUCAGGUGCAUCAAGCCCAACGAGUUCAAGAAACCAAUGCUGUUCGAUCGAGCCCUGUGCUGCAGACAGCUGAGGUACUCGGGCAUGAUGGAGACCAUUCGCAUCAGAAGGGCAGGCUACCCCAUCAGGCAUUCCUUCCACGAGUUUAUUGAGAGAUAUCGCUUUUUAAUUCCGGGAGUGCCGCCUGCCCACAAAGCAGACUGCAAAGCAGCGACGGCCAGAAUAUGUCAAGCCGUCCUGGGAAGGUCAGACUACCAACUGGGCAAGACUAAGGUUUUCCUUAAGGACGCCCACGACCUUUUCCUCGAGCAGGAACGAGACAGGGUGCUGACAAGGUACAUAGUUGUGCUGCAAAAGAACAUCAAAUCCUGGGUCCAUCGAAGGAGAUUCCUCAGGCUCAAAGCAGCCACCAGAGUGAUUCAACAAUACUGGAGAGCGCACGCUCAAAGAAGGCGCUACCUGGAAAUGAGAGUUGGUUACAUGAGGUUGCAGGCGCUAAUUCGGUCCAGAGUGUUGGCCCACAGGUUCAGACACUUGAGAGGCCACAUUGUCUCCCUUCAGGCCAGAUGUCGUGGCUAUUUGGUUCGAAGAGAGGCAAAGAGAAGAAUAUGGGCUGCUGUGAAACUGCAGUCUCAUGUCAGAAAAAUGAUUGCGCAGCGUCAGUUCCACAGAACUAGGCACGAGAGAAGGAAUCAAAUAGAAGCUUUGCAGAAAAAACGGCAGGAGGAGAGGGAGUUGGCGCAACAGGGUAACAAAAGGGCUAAGGAAAUCGCCGAGAUGCACUACAGGGAAAGACUGGUCGAAUUGGAGAGGCGAGAGAUGAUAAUUGACGAGGAGAAAAGGAAGAAGGCAGAAAAUCAAAGGUCGAGAAUUGAAAGUGCAGCUCGGAAGCAAGAGGAGCCGGUGGACGAUGGAAAACUUGUGGAGGCAAUGUUUGAUUUUCUCCCGGACCAAAGCUCGGAUCAGCAGAGCACAGGCAGAGGAGCGGCCAAUGCAGUUUUCAUGGACUUGCCGACUGCCAAUACUGAUGAUUCACUACCCACCGACGACGAGGUCAUGCCCCCCAUCCAGCCUGCCAAUGACAUUGACCUUUCAGAAUUCAAGUUCCAAAAAUUCGCAGCCACCUACUUCCAAGGAAACUCGACGCACCUCUACUCAAGGAAGCCACUCAAGCAGUCUCUCCUGCCCCUCGAAACUCAAGGAGACCAACUGGCUGCACAAGCGCUUUGGAUCACAAUCUUGCGCUUUUGCUGCGAUUACCCUGAGCCCAGGUAUCACACAAUGGUCAGGGACACUGCUUCAGUUAUGUCCAAAGUGACGGCAACCCUGGGCAGGAACUUCAUCAGGAGCAAAGAGUACCAGGAGGCGCAGCAAAUGCACAACCAAACCAAUGGCGUGGAAAAUGGUAAGCCUGAAAGUCCCACUGCUAGGUCCAUCCGCCACAAGCUGGUGUCCCUCACCCUGAAGAGGAAAAACAAACUGGGGGAGGAUGUGCGUCGAAGGCUGCAGCAGGACGACGAACAAGCGGCGGACAGUUAUCAGUCCUGGCUUGAGUCCAGACCAACCUCUAACUUAGAAAAGUUGCACUUCAUCAUUGGUCACGGCAUCUUGAGAGCUGAGCUCAGGGAUGAAAUUUACUGCCAGAUCUGCAAACAGUUGACCACAAACCCUUCAAAAUCCUCACACGCCAGAGGUUGGAUUUUGCUCUCACUGUGUGUGGGGUGCUUUGCUCCCUCUGAUAAGUUCGUCAACUACCUGAGAGCUUUUAUCAGGGAGGGGCCACCAGGGUACGCGCCCUACUGUGAGGCAAGGUUGCAACGCACCUUCCACAACGGCACUCGAAAUCAGCCGCCGAGUUGGCUCGAGCUGCAAGCAACUAAAUCCAAGAAACCCAUAAUGUUGCCAAUUACAUUCAUGGAUGGAAAUACCAAGACGCUUCUGGCGGAUUCGGCAACAACCGCUCGGGAACUGUGCAAUCAGCUUGCGGACAAAAUCUCCCUCAAGGACCAGUUUGGAUUUUCACUCUACAUUGCGCUUUUCGACAAGGUUUCAUCCCUCGGAAGCGGUGGCGAUCAUGUUAUGGACGCUGUUUCGCAAUGUGAGCAGUACGCAAAGGAACAAGGCGCCCAGGAGAGAAAUGCGCCCUGGCGCCUGUUUUUCAGGAAGGAAAUUUUCGCCCCCUGGCAUGAUCCUGCGGCGGACGCCGUCGCCACUGACCUAAUUUACCAGCAGGUUGUUCGUGGGGUCAAGUUCGGAGAGUACCGGUGUGAUAAGGAGGAGGACUUGGCAAUGAUAGCUGCCCAGCAAAUUUUAGUGCAAUUCGGCCCCAAUGAAACUUUGCAGCAGGACCAGUUGUUCCAACUGCUGCCAGGUUACAUUCCUGAUUAUUGUCUGACUGCGUCGGACAAGGCGCUGUCCAGAUGGGCCACUUUGGUCUCACAAGCCUACAAAAAGAGUUAUUACUUGAAAGAGAAGGUGCCCAUAAUGAGAGUGAAAGAAGACAUAGUCAGCUAUGCAAAGUUCAAAUGGCCUUUGCUCUUUUCAAGGUUCUACGAGGCCUAUAGAAAUUCAGGACCAAAUUUGCCGAAAAAUGAUGUAAUUAUCGCUGUAAAUUGGACUGGUGUAUACGUUGUGGACGACCAGGAGCAAGUUCUGCUUGAACUCUCCUUCCCAGAAAUCACAAGCACUGCAAGUCAAAAAUCUGCUCAAGUUUUCACGCAAACGUUCUCCUUAUCGACAGUGCGGGGAGAGGAAUUCACUUUCCAGAGUCCGAAUGCCGAGGACAUCAGAGAUUUGGUUGUGUUCUUUUUAGAGGGACUGAAGAAAAGAUCAAAAUACGUGUUGGCCUUGCAAGACUACAAGGCGCCAGGCGAGGGCUCGUCAUUCUUAAGUUUUGCAAAGGGAGACUUAAUUUUGUUGGAAGACGGCUCCACCGGCGAGACAGUGCUUAACUCUGGCUGGUGCGUCGGAAGGAGUGAGAAUUCCGGAAUGAAGGGAGACUUCCCUGCACAAAGUGUAUACGUCCUGCCCUGUUUGAGCAGACCACCUCAGCACAUUCUGUCCCUGUUCAGCGUGGAAGGGGUAGAACCUCGGACUUUCCCAGCUCAGCAGACUUCAUUCAAUGGAGAAACCAUCGAGAAACCUCACACUUUAGCACAAUAUGCUGUAGAGCAUUUCAGAGCACCUGCAAAAAGAAGCAUAUCAAAAGCAGCCCUGGCGCUGACGGCUGCUAGAGGUGGCUCUUUAGGCCUCGGAGAUGACCUUUGGAGGCACACCAGGGACCCAAUCAAACAGCCCCUGUUGCGCAAAUUAGUCGGAAAAGAGGAACUGGCUGAGGAGGCGUGCUUUGCCUUCUCAUCAAUCCUCAAAUACAUGGGCGACUGGCCCUCCAGAAGGGCGAGAAACAGUUCAGAGCUGACUGACAACAUGUACGAUGGACCCCUCAAACAUGAGAUUCUGAGGGAUGAGAUUUAUUGCCAGUUGAUGCGCCAGUUGACGGACAACAGGCACAGAUUGAGUGAGGAGAGGGGUUGGGAACUCAUGUGGUUAGCAACAGGUCUCUUCGCCUGCAGUCAGCGACUUCUCAAAGAACUGACCCUUUUCCUGCGAACAAGGCGACACCCUAUUGCGCAGGAUUCACUCCAAAGGUUGCAGAAGACGCUGAGGAAUGGUCAGCGAAAAUACCCUCCACAUCAGGUCGAGGUCGAAGCCAUCCAACAUAAAACCACACAAAUCUUCCACAAGGUCUACUUCCCUGAUGACACGGAUGAGGCGUUUGAGGUUGAUUCCUCGACGAGGGCGAAAGACUUUUGCACCAACAUUGCCAACAGACUAAACCUCCUCUCCGCAGAGGGUUUCAGCCUGUUUGUGAAAAUCGCUGACAAAGUCAUCAGCGUGCCUGAAGCAGACUUUUUCUUUGACUUUGUGCGCCACCUAACAGACUGGAUCAAAAAGGCGCGGCCAGCCAGAGAUGCAGGUGGAGUUCCUCAGUUCACAUAUCAAGUGUUCUUUAUGAAAAAAUUGUGGACCAACACUGUCCCUGGCAAAGACCGAAACGCAGAUCUGAUUUUCCACUUUCACCAAGAGCUGCCCAAACUGCUCAGGGGCUACCAUAAAUGCACCAAGGAAGAGGCCGCCAGACUAGCGGCGCUGGUUUACAGGGUCAGAUUUGGGGAGAGCAAGCAAGAGCUGCAGGCCAUACCGCAAAUGAUGAGGGAACUUGUCCCUGCGGACUUGCUCAAGGUUCAAAAUGCUGCCGACUGGAAGAGAAGUAUAGUUGCUGCUUACAAUCAAGAUGCAGGCUUGAGUCCUGAGGAUGCCAAAGUGGCUUUCCUUAAAAUCAUCUACCGCUGGCCUACCUUUGGCUCUGCCUUUUUUGAAGUCAAGCAAACCACCGAGCCCAACUACCCUGAGAACUUGCUAAUAGCUAUCAACAAGCACGGCGUCGGCCUCAUCCACCCGCAAACAAAGGAAAUUUUGGUCACACAUCCAUUCACUCGCAUUUCAAACUGGUCUUCGGGCAACACUUACUUCCACAUGACCAUUGGCAACCUGGUCAGGGGCUCCAAAUUACUCUGCGAGACAGCGCUGGGGUACAAAAUGGACGACCUUUUAACCUCUUACAUUUCCCUGAUGCUUGCCAACAUGAACAAGCAGAAGACGGGGUCAUCAGUCAGGGUCAAGUGACUUUUUUUUAUCUGAUAAAUUAACUCUAGAAUUAAGGGAGCUUAUUUUCUCAUCAAACUGUAGCCGUCCACAAGGAAACCCACCACUUAUGUAAAAAUUACUUGAAUCUCAAAUUUAAUCUACACUUACAAUUGAAUUUUACAAUGUAAAAAUUGCGUUUUAAUAAUAGGGUUGUUGAUGUAUAUUUACAAUUUAUGUGCUAUUUAAAUUGAUAAUUAUUGCAAAUUAAGAAAAAUAAAUAAAUUCUUGUCACAAAACUGUUCCUUUCUU